UGGUACAAAGUUUGAAGUGUCGAAUUGUUAUCUAAUCAUUAUCCGUAGUUUAGUCGACAGUUCAAUAAGCGAUGCCAGUUCCAGUGUACGUUUAAGUGAAAGUAAGUGGUGCGUGCAAUAUGGGAGACUUAAUUGAAGAAUGGGAAGAACUCGCAAAAGAUUACAAGCAAUUAGAGACCGUAAAUGACACUUAUUUAAGGAAGUUGAAGGAAAUCAGCAAUUUGCAACAAACAUGUUUAAAGCAUUUAAAACACCAAAGAUACAGAUUAAACAUAAUGAACAAAACUAUCAAACACUUACAACAGAGUACCAACAAAGAUGCUUUGAGGAACUUGGAGAACGAUAUCAUGAAACGUGAAGCUGAACUGCAACUCAUAGAACAAUCUCUGCCAAAGCAAAGUGGAGCAUAUUUAAAAAUAGUGUUAGGAAAUAUUGACGUUUCUUUUUUAAACAAAGAAGGUAAAUUUCGAUAUAAAGACGAAUUUGAAAAAUUUAAAUUAAUUAAUCACUUCAUAGCGUUUGGAUUAACAAUAAUCAACUUUUAUUUUGACUUUAGACCACUGCAGUUAUUAUAUCUAGCUUUCUUAGUGUGGUAUUAUUGCACAAUAUCGAUUAGAGAAAGUAUUUUAAAAGCAAAUGGUUCCAGAAUCAAAGGAUGGUGGAGAAUGCAUCACAUUUUAUCAACAGUGUGCUCUGGAGUUUUAUUAGUAUGGCCAGAAAGUGAAACUUGGUCAGAAUUCAAACAACAAUUUCUGUGGUACAAUAUUUACAACUGUUUCAUACAGUACUUGCAGUUUAAGUAUCAACGAGGAGCGCUCUACAGGCUGAAAGCUCUUGGGGAAAGAGACAACAUGGACAUUACUAUCGAAGGAUUUCAUUCCUGGAUGUGGAGAGGUCUUACCUUCUUACUUCCAUUUUUGUUUAUUGGAUACACUUUCCAACUCGUAAAUGCUCUUGUUUUAUAUAAUCUUAGUUAUCACCCUAAGGCAACUUGGCAUGUGAUAGUUUCAAGUGUUCUAUUUUUCAUUUUCUUUGUUGGUAAUACUACAACGACUAUUAUGGUAGUUCCUGAUAAAAUUAGAGAAAAAAUGAGGUUCCAAUGCAGAGUAAUGACUCAAAGACUUUACAAUGUUGUUAAUGAAAAAGUUAUUAAAAUCGGUUAAUGUCAAAUGGCUACAAAAAUUGAGCAGCACAUAUCUUAUAAAAUGUAUCUAUUGUAGAAUGUGCAUAUGAACGUUGAAAUAAUUUUCACAACAUUGUUUUAAGGUUAAUUUAUAAAGUAAUUACUUGCCUUUAUUUCAUUUUUCAACAUUCCAUGAUGUGACAUAAUCGAUAUUUCUUUUAAAUAGCACACCUGUAUUUUUGAUGAUAUCGUUUAAAAGUGCACAUUCUUGUAUACAGAACGUCAAAUCUUAUGAUAAAUUAUAUAACGAUAUCUUUAGAAAUGUUUACUCUUCAGUUAUAUCUUUUAUCAUGUUUUUCUUCAUUUUUACUUUAUGCAAUGUGAUCAUAUUACAAAACAAUACAAUUUGCAUAUUUUUAAUAAUAUUAUUUAUUUUAUUUUAUUUUAUUUUACUGUGAUGUAUGCUAAAAAGGUUUCUUUUGGUCCAAAUAUUAGGUUAUAUAAAUUAACAUAGAUUUAUUUUAAUUUGUACAUAUUUAUUGUUUUUUUUAAUUAAAUUAUAUAAAAUGUCGUUAUUUUUCAU